AUGGUGCUGGAGAUUGUGGCGGUGAGUGCGUCGAUGGCGCUGCUGAGCGCUGCGCUGGCGCUGUGCGCACGCCGACCCAAGUCCGAGCCAUCGGCAUCAAAGGCACAGACCGAUCCUCGGCAACCGACUGCCGUGACCGCACACUCAACCUAUGCCGAAUGGCAAGUGGGGCAGCCAGCCCCCGCAGGCGCGCAAUCUUCGUAUGCUCAAUGGCAAGUAGAGCAAGCUGACAGCGACAGCGACGAUGAGAGCGUUGCCGUCAAGGACUACGAGAAGUUUGUGCAAAACUCGAGCAUGUUCGACUCGCUUCGGACCGUCAAUUCGUCGGAGAUUGACUACGAGGAUGUGAUUGCCGACUGCUUUCCCGAUCUGGAGGCUGGUGUUCAAGGUGAUUAUGACAACACGACAAAGAUGGAACGGGUCCUUUACAGUGAGCCGGACCCCGCUCCUGCAGCCACGCCGGUGGCAAGCGUGCGCCGCAAAGAGGAUGGAAAAGAGGAGGAUGAUAGUGGAGAUGAUUUUGAAGACAUUGACCAAGUCGUUGGAUCCGGUUCCGCCCGGCCCCGCGCUGCCACGGCCUCGUUUGGCACUCCAUCGGAGCAGCUUGAAUAUCGGUCGAGGGCAACAACGGACGCCGUGCGCUCGCCCAGCAGCCCUUUGGCCAAAUCACAGACGGCGGCCAUUCCAAAGUUUAUCCCGGGUACUGCUGCGGCGCAAGCGCGCCCAAAGAGGACUGCACAGACAGCAAGGACACCUCGGCUGCCUAUGACGGCUAUCGAAGCGCUCGUGCAAGCGGCACUGGUCCACGAAACCAUCAACAGGGCCGUUGCCAACAGUAUCUUGUUCCAUGCGAUCCCUGGAGCCUUUCUCUUGCGGCGCAAGGAAGAUCCCAAGGGUUACUGGGAGACUGCGCUGGUCAUGUCCAUUCGCACCAAAGAGCCAGAGUCACACCUGCAUCUCAUGUUAACGCGGGAGCACGGUUCAUCUGAUUUUCAUCUUGGUGAUUGUCUCCUCCCUGGUUGUGCGUCUGUGCUGGAUGUACUUCGCGCCGUGCGCCCUGGAGGAUUGCAUAGCAAAGCCAUGACGAGCCCCAUUACGCCAGCCGGCGCCGUGAAUGCUAUGCGCAAUCUGCCAAGGUUGCCGCACAACGUGCACAAUGUGGCGCUGCACGCAGGCAUUGGGGAACCACGAAAGCAAUGA